AUGAAGGGGGCGGACCCCGGAAACGAGGCUCUUGGAUGGCUGCGGAAGCGGAGACAGGUAGGGCGCUGGGAUGCCCUCGCUGUACGCGCCUAAUAGAUGCAGCUGUCACUCCACCCGCUGGGUUGGCUCUGGCUGCGGCUGCUGCACUUAUUGGGGCAGCUCUCUCCUGCCAUCGGGAAGGAGGUCGAUGUCGCCCACUAUAGAGAGCGCGUCAAGUCCAUGUUUUAUCAUGCUUAUGAUAAUUAUCUGGAAAAUGCCUUCCCAUAUGAUGAACUGCAUCCUCUGACAUGUGAUGGGCAGGACACUUGGGGAAGUUUUUCUCUCACACUGAUUGAUGCUCUGGAUACUUUACUAAUUUUGGGGAAUGUCUCUGAGUUCCAGAGAGUUGUCGGUGUGCUACAGGAGGGUGUGAACUUUGAUAUUGAUGUGAAUGCUUCUGUCUUUGAAACCAACAUCAGAGUGGUCGGUGGCCUCCUCUCUGCUCACUUGUUGUCUAAGAAGGCUGGUUUUGAAGUGGAAGCAGGAUGGCCAUGCUCUGGGCCCCUUUUAAGGAUGGCAGAGGAUGCAGCUCGAAAACUUUUACCAGCCUUUCAGACCCCAACUGGAAUGCCAUAUGGGACAGUGAACUUACAACAUGGAGUAAACCCUGGAGAGACGCCAAUUACUUGUACUGCUGGUAUUGGUACAUUUAUAGUGGAAUUUGCUACAUUAAGUCAUCUGACAGGUGAUCCAGUAUUUGAGGAUGUUGCCAGAAAAGCGCUUAAGACCCUCUGGAAAAAUCGCUCUGAUAUCAGCUUGGUGGGUAAUCAUAUCGAUGUGUUAACUGCCAAAUGGGUAGCCCAAGAUGCUGGGAUUGGAGCUGGAGUAGAUUCCUAUUUUGAGUAUCUUGUUAAAGGAGCCAUCCUAUUGCAAGAUGAGGAGCUGAUGUGCAUGUUUCUAGACUACAACAAAGCUAUAAGGAACUACACAAAAUUUGAUGAUUGGUACCUCUGGGUUCAGAUGUACAAAGGAACAGUCUCAGUGCCUGUUUUUCAGUCCCUUGAGGCCUACUGGCCUGGCUUGCAGAGCCUCAUUGGAGACAUAGAUAGUGCAAUGCGAACAUUCCUCAAUUAUUACACUGUUUGGAAGCAGUUUGGUGGGCUGCCUGAGUUCUACAAUAUUCCCCAGGGCUAUACAGUGGAAAAGCGUGAAGGGUAUCCACUUAGACCUGAACUGAUAGAGAGUGCAAUGUAUCUGUAUCGUGCUACACAAGAUCCCACCCUUUUGGAGCUGGGCAGAGAUGCUGUAGAGUCAAUAGAAAAAAUCAGCAAGGUGGAAUGUGGCUUUGCAACAAUCAAAGACUUGCGAGAUCACAGACUAGAUAACCGCAUGGAGUCCUUUUUCCUGGCUGAAACAGUGAAAUAUUUGUAUCUACUGUUUGACCCUGACAACUUCAUCCAUAACAAUGGAUCAUCCUUUGAUGUCGUCCUGACACCAUAUGGAGAAUGUGUCCUUGGUGCUGGUGGAUAUAUCUUCAAUACUGAAGCUCAUCCUAUAGACCCUGCUGCCCUGCACUGUUGCAGAAAACAAAAGGAAGAGCAGUGGGAGGUAGAAGAUCUGAUGAGGGAGUUCUAUUCUCUGAAAAGAAGCAAAAAGUUCACUUUUGCAAGAACUUCCAGUGGAAGGGAAGAAGAGAAGCAUAAAGAUUCUGCAGAUAGUUCCUCUGAAGGCUGCAAGGAGCAACUGAACUCUAAACAGAAAGAGAAAAGGAGAAUCCCGCUACUGAGCUGCCCUAGUCAACCCUUUAACUCAAAAUUGGCUGUUCUAGGGCAGGUCUUUUUAGACAAUACAUGAUUCCUUUGCUCUGUAUUCAAUAAACGUGUAUUUUAUUUGCA